AUGGAUGACUGGCCGCUAUUAAACUUUAUGCAUAAACUUCAAAAUCCUGUACCGCAAUUUGUAUUAGGAUGCCUACCGGCCAUAGCCAUCAUCGGGGCAUCACCCGAAAAAGGGUUCAAAAAAAAAUUCUUAUGGAUGUUACGAUGUCUUGCUUGCCCAUUCACUGGAUUAUUCUAUACAUUUAUUAUAGAAAAUAAAGAAACAUCAAUUUUUGCAUAUUGGCUCCCAUCAGAAAGAUUCAUCACUGAUAACAAUGGAAAAGUGCGAAAUAUACCUUUUGGUUAUCAUUAUAAAGCAAUAUCAAAUCUUACUAAAACUCAGAAAGAAUGUAUAAAAGAGUGCAUAGCGGAAGCUAGCAUAUUGGAAAGAUUAUCACCGUUAGUCUCUGCUUAUUAUAUAAUAAUUAGCUUAUUAUCUGGAAUAGCAAGAGUAUUUUCUCCAGGUGCAUGUACUGAUUGGCCAUAUAUUUCUGUCUUAUUAGCUUGGACAAUUGUGGUUGUCUAUAAAAGAUCAAUUUGUGGAAAAAUAUUAGUAAAAAGUCCUGAAGAUAUGCUACAAGAGUACGUAAAUAAUAAGAAACUUGUGUUAGAUGAACACAUAUAUGUAAAAGAUCUUAAUGAAAAAGAUCUAAAACUUAGACGGACCUUGAUUAUAAUUAUCGGUUUAGUAUCAAUUAUAUUUCCUUGGUUAUCAGUAUUUAUGGCCUAUAAUACACCACCUGUCGGAUUUUUUUGCAGAAGUUCAUAUCUUACUGUAAUCUGUUCUAUAUGGACACUUAAUAGUGCUAUUGCAUUUAUUUGUCAUAUAAAAGGGGAAAAAAAGGCCAAUAACGAAAAUAUUAUUCACACAAUGUAUUGCUUCUGGG